CUGGUCACCGCCACUACGAGAGCCGCCCUGAAUGACGGCGGCUUCUCACAUGUGCCCAUCAUCGUGGGAUGUGGUAGCCAGAGCACGCGCGAGACCAUCGACUAUUGUCGUGAGGCUUGGGAGGCUGGCGGUGACUAUGCGCUUGUGCUACCUCCGUCAUACUAUGCCACGUUAUUUGGCCCGGCAUCAGAAACCAUCCUGGAGUAUUUCACGAGAGUUGCAGACAAGUCUCCUAUUCCUAUAAUCAUAUACAACUUUCCUGGCGCUGUGAACGGCAUGGAUAUGUCAUCGGAUACCAUCGUCACGCUUGCACAGCAUCCUAAUAUUGUAGGCGUCAAGUUGACGUGCGGCAACACGGGGAAGCUCAACAGAGUGGCGGCAGCAACCCGCAAAAUCUCAAAGCAGAAUCACAAGCAGCCCGAAUUCCUCGUUCUGGCAGGCUCUGCUGACUUUUUGAUCCCCUCUCUGUCUGGCGGCGGUCACGGUAUCCUAGCGGGCUUGGCCAACAUUGCUCCGAGGACAUGCAUCAAGACAAUGGAACUUUACAUGGAAGGACGUGUUUCCGAAGCACAAAAGAUGCAGGAAGUUGUCUCACAGGGCGACUGGACGGCGAUCCAGGGCGGUGUGGUUGGUGUAAAGGCCGGAUUACAGGCGUGGAUGGGCUACGGAGGCUUUGCCAGAAGUCCACUGCCGCGGCCGGAUAUUGAGCAGACGAGACGGUGGAAGGAAGGUUUUCGAGACCUUGUGAUGUUGGAGCAAUCACAUUCAUUGUGA